CGGUGUGGGGGCGGUGCCUCACGUCUGGUACAGUCAUCCCAAGCCUCUUCGGCGGGACUGUAAUGGCCGGAGAGAUGACGAUCUUAGGAUCAGCUGUUUUGACUCUCCUAUUGGCUGGCUAUUUGGCACAACAGUAUUUACCAUUGCCUACUCCAAAAGUGAUUGGCAUUGACCUGGGCACCACCUAUUGUUCUGUUGGGGUGUUUUUUCCUGGCACAGGAAAAGUAAAGGUGAUUCCAGAUGAAAAUGGGCAUAUCAGCAUACCUAGCAUGGUGUCUUUUACUGACAGUGAUGUAUAUGUGGGAUAUGAAAGCUUAGAGUUGGCAGAUUCAAAUCCUCAAAACACAAUCUAUGAUGCCAAAAGAUUCAUAGGCAAGAUUUUCACUCCAGAAGAGCUUGAAGCUGAAAUUGGCAGAUACCCAUUUAAGGUUUUAAACAAAAAUGGAUUGGUUGAGUUUUCUGUGACAAGUAAUGAGACCAUCACAGUUUCCCCAGAAUAUGUUGGCUCUCGACUAUUGUUAAAAUUAAAAGAAAUGGCAGAAGAAUAUCUUGGAAUGCCAGUUGCUAAUGCUGUCAUUUCUGUACCAGCAGAAUUUGACCUAAAACAAAGAAAUUCAACAAUUGAAGCAGCCAACCUUGCAGGACUGAAGAUCCUGCGAGUAAUAAAUGAACCUACAGCAGCAGCAAUGGCCUAUGGUCUCCACAAGGCUGAUGUCUUCCAUGUCUUGGUUAUCGACUUGGGCGGAGGAACUCUAGAUGUGUCAUUACUGAAUAAACAAGGAGGGAUGUUUCUAACUCGAGCAAUGUCUGGAAACAAUAAACUUGGAGGACAGGACUUCAAUCAGCGGUUGCUUCAGUACUUGUAUAAACUGGUGUACCAAACAUAUGGCUUCCUCCCAUCUAGGAAAGAGGAAAUCCACAGAUUAAGGCAAGCUGUGGAAAUGGUCAAAUUAAAUCUGACUCUGCAUCAGUCUGCCCAGAUAUCUGUAUUGCUAACAGUGGAGGAAAAGGAUGGAAAGGAAGCUCAGAGUAAUGACACUGAACUGCCAAAAGACAAACUUAACCCAGUAGAUGGUCAUGCAAACAGAGAGUUUGGACCCGGCCUUUUGGAAAAGAAAAGUGGAAAAAGUCAGGUUUUAUUUGAAACAGAAAUAUCUCGGAAGCUCUUUGAUAGCCUUAACGAAGAUCUCUUCCAGAAAAUACUUGUGCCCAUUCAGCAAGUAUUAAAAGAAGGCCACCUGGACAAGACUGAGAUUGAUGAGGUCGUUUUAGUUGGGGGCUCUACUCGUAUUCCUCGAAUUCGCCAAGUCAUUCAAGAGUUCUUUGGAAAGGAUCCCAACACAUCUGUAGACCCUGACCUGGCAGUGGUGACAGGCGUGGCCAUCCAAGCAGGGAUUGAUGGAGGCUCAUGGCCUCUCCAAGUCAGUGCUUUAGAAAUUCCCAAUAAGCAUUUACAAAAAACCAACUUCAAUUGAAUUCUGGAGUAAUGAUGUGUGAUCAAAUACAAAUACAUGAUCUUAUCUGGUGAGCUCUUCCCCUUUAUCAGAGCACCUCCUCCAAAAAAGAAAAUUACUAUCUAAAAUAUGUCACAGAUUUACCUAGAAGGCAAUAUUUAGAUAAAAUAAAAUUUUACAUAGCAUAUAUAUAUAUAUAUAUAUUUUUUUUUUGGAGAGGUCUCAUUCCAGUGCAUACUCUUAUUAGAGGAGCAUAGGUGGCUAUAUUUUCUGAAUUCUGGAACUAGAUAACCAUAUGCACUUAACAUUGUAUUCUGUAAACAUUAAAUAGUGCCAAUUAUAAGAUUUCCCAGUUCUUACUAAAUUGUGUUAAUAGGAGCUGGUAAUUUCUUUACUUGGUCAUCACAUCUAACUAUAAAUUUGAACUAUACUUGAAUGACAGUGUUGAUGUCAGGUAUUUUCAUUGGAAGGUACCAGUAUUAUUAAGCUGCAUAUAUAUUCAAUAGCGGCCAUAUACAAAUUUACUUUUACAAAUUCAAUGUCCAGUUGUGUGUCAUUUGCACAUAUUCUGCAUUUUCCAGAUUAUCUUAAUGUAUUUCAUGAAUCAGUUUUGCUUUCUAAAAUAAGUACAGAUUUAUUCAAAUUUUUCUGUAUCAGCUAGUGGAAAUACCCAAUUUUUAUUGUAGGUCCUUCAUCUACUGUGCAUCAUUCUCUGCUUGGAUUUCCAUGAUUCUGCUUGGCUAGAAUAUAGUAGGGAAUUAUUAGUUGCAUUCUUAAAAUGUGUUAUUGUCACAAUAAAGUCAUUGCUAUUUCAUUUUUGUAAACCAGGACGUGCAGAUAUUAGUAAAUAGCAUUAAUUACCUAUUGUGUUUCUGUUUAUUUCUUAAUUUACAUUUUCAGUGAGCUCUGGAAAAUAUAGCAUGGAUUUGAACUAUAAAAGUUAGUCUGAUUGAGUUUCAUUGAGAUUUUUUUUCCCCAUAUUUUGUUUCAAAUGAGGAAAAUGUAUCAAACUGUAAAAACCCUGUUAUUUAGUCUGUAUUAUUUUUAAAUAGUUACACUUGGAUUAUUUUAGCCAUAAAUUGGGGUAUGAUGAGAUCAUAAAAUUUGUGAAUACUGGAAAUAAAUCUAACAUAGAAGGCAAUAUGGGAAAAAUUUUCCACAAAUCAGCAUUUGUAGAACUUAGGUAUUUUGUUGUAUUUUAUUUGUUUUCAUUAAGAAAACCCAGAGACCAAGUAAGAAAAUAAUAGCAGUUUGAUUUCUAUGAUUUCCAUGUUAUGUGAAGAUACAUGUAUGUCUUUAGUGGAGACCUACUUCAUUUUAAUAUUCAAAAAUUUUAUAUCCUAGUCACCAUUUUUUUUAAGGUAAAGUGUAUCUUCUUUAUCCGAACUUGAAAGAUGUUGUUUCCAAUCGCUAAAGAUGAGAACCAAGCAAAUACAUUUCAACAAUAUCAAGGCAUUGAACAGUGUUAAUAUUUUUUCAGAUAUAAAAAGAAAACGUUUCUUAGCAGUGAAAUUGAUUUUGAAACAAAUUUCAAAUACGUUUGUAUAUAGAAAAUACCUGUAGUAGGUAAAGAAAAUACAAAAUUCUUAUUUUAGAACUAAUUGAGAAAUGCCAAAGAUGAAUCCACCACUGCAUUAUGAAAAUAUUUAAGUGUUCUCUUGGACUUUAUAUAAAUUUUAAUAGAUUAGAAUUGAAAAAUAUCUUUGGAAGGUCUUUGGGAAAAGUGUUCAAUCUCUAUAGAGUAUCAAUUUUAACCUAAAAUAUUUUAAGAUUAAAAAACUUGAAUUUCUCAGAUACUUGAUGUGGUUCAUGACAAUCUGUUAACCUGUUAACAUUUUUUUUUUUUUUUAAGGAAGCAGUGUGCAAAACAGGGCAGCUAAUCACACAAUAAAAUUGGAAUUAAAAUAAUUUGACUCUUUGAAAAAUAGAAUAGCAGUGUUGGAAUUUGGGGGCAGUAGUUUAGCAUAUUCUCUAGUAUAAUUAUACCUUUAAAAAAUGAAGGAAUUUCUGUCUUCAAUCAUAUUUUAGGGCUCUAUCUAUACAUAGUCUUGACAUCAGUGUAGUUUAUUUAAAAGAUAAGAAUGCAUCCUGAAAGGGGUCAUUUAUUAAUAACAAUCUGAAGUUGUUUUUCGUAAAACAAACUUCUUAGUUGUACAUGUGACUAGUUUUUUUUUUUUUUUUUUGAGUACAUAACAAAAUUCUAAAUGUCUUGUAUAAAUAGAGUAUGUGAGUAAUUUAUUUUGUAUCAGGAAUGUUUUGGUACUGUGUUGUCACUCAAACCACUAACUUAUCAACAGAUAACUGUGUAAUGUGUGCUGAAUAUUACAAUAUUGUGCAAAACAGAUUGUGCCUCUUAAAUGUGUGUGUACAGGUAAUUCAUGUUUUAAUGUAAAUAAAUACCAUUUUGCAGUUUGUUUUUUAAA